AAUUGUUCUCUUGUGCUGUGUGCAUCUGACAGUUGUGGUACAGGACCACACAGUGUGACCGAGUAGUAGUAUUUGUAGUAGUAUUACAUGUCCUCUUGUGUUCCAUGUGUAUCUGACUCUUGUAUGUGUUUGGCAGAGACAUGCUGAUCACUGAGCUGGACUCCUCCCUCUCUUUCGCUCAGCUGUGUGCAGAGGUGCGCAGUAUGUGCAGCCUGGCCCCACAGCGCCCCCUAACGCUCAAAUGGAUCGACGAUGAAGGAGACCCGUGCACCGUCUCCUCUCAGAUGGAGUGGGACGAGGCCUAUCGCAUCCACAGUCGCUCCAAGAGAACUGGACUCCAGCUACACGUGUUCCCCAGUGUUCCAGAGAAACCUGGUCUGCCCUGCCCCGGAGAGGACAAGUCCAUCUACCGGCGCGGAGCUCGGAGAUGGAGGAAGCUGUACCACGUGCACGGACAUCUCUUCCAGGCCAAGCGCUUUAACAGGAAGGCUUCGUGUGCCCACUGCGCUGAGAGGAUAUGGGGGCUGACCGCUCAAGGCUACAAGUGUAUCAGCUGCAGACUGCUGCUGCAUAAGCGCUGCCACCGACUCUACUCCCAGACCUGCCCCGGGCGCAUGGAUCCAGGCAUGCCCUCUCCUGCAGACUCUAGGGCCGAGGAGGAGGACGUCCCCCCAGAGCACAUGGACGGCAGAGAUGGAAUCUCGUUUAUACCACACAACUGCACCGUGGACAAAACGGAGGACCAGCACACUCAGGAGCUCUCAGCAGUGGUGGAUGGUAUCGAUGGCAUUAAGCUGUCCCCCGGUCUGUCCCCUGGUCUGUCUCCUGGGCUGUCCCCCGGUCUGUCUCCUGGUCUUUCCCCUGGUCUCUCUCCAGCCCUGUCCCCUGGUCUUUCCCCUGGCCUCUCUCCGGGACUGUCCCAGAGCCUGUCUCAGAGCCUGUCUCCGGGGGUGUCUCUCGGGCUGGCGGACUUUGAGCUGGUGCGGGUGAUCGGGAGGGGGAGCUACGCCAAAGUCCUGCUGGUGCGACUGAAGAAGGACGAGCAGCUGUACGCCAUGAAGGUGGUGAAGAAGGAGCUGGUGCAUGAUGAUGAGGACAUCGACUGGGUGCAGACGGAGAAGCACGUGUUUGAGCAGGCCUCCACAAACCCUUUCCUAGUGGGACUGCACUCCUGCUUCCAGACGCCCAGCAGGUUGUUCCUCGUCAUAGAGUAUGUGAAUGGAGGAGACCUGAUGUUCCACAUGCAGCGGCAGAGGAAACUUCCAGAAGAACAUGCCAGGUUCUACGCUGCAGAGAUCUGUAUAGCGUUGAACUUCCUGCAUGAGAAGGGCAUCAUCUACCGUGACCUGAAGCUGGACAACGUUCUUCUGGACCACGACGGCCACAUCAAGCUCACAGACUAUGGCAUGUGCAAGGAAGGUAUCCAGCCUGGAGACACCACCAGUACGUUCUGUGGAACUCCAAACUACAUCGCCCCUGAGAUCCUGCGAGGAGAGGACUAUGGCUUCAGUGUGGACUGGUGGGCUCUGGGCGUGCUCAUGUUUGAGAUGAUGGCCGGCCGCUCUCCGUUCGACAUCAUCACAGAUAAUCCCGACAUGAACACAGAGGAGUACCUGUUUCAGGUGAUCCUUGAGAAGCCCAUUCGGAUCCCAAGGUCUCUGUCGGUGAAGGCGGCCAGCGUGCUCAAGGGCUUCCUCAACAAGGAUCCCAAGGAGCGGCUGGGGUGCCAGGUUCAGACGGGCUACACAGACAUCAAGUCACACACGUUCUUCCGCAGUAUAGACUGGGACCAGCUGGAGAAGAAGCAGGUGACUCCGCCCUUCGUCCCUCAGAUCUCAGAUGAGCUGGGCCUGGAGAACUUUGACACUCAGUUCACUAAUGAGCCCGUGCAGCUGACGCCUGACGACCAGGACAUCAUCAAGAGAAUAGACCAGUCUGAGUUCGAGGGCUUCGACUACAUCAACCCUCUGCUGAUGUCCUCGGAGGAGACGGUCUGAAGACUGUCCCCCAUGUCCACACGUGUCCCCCCCAGCCUCCUGGACUCUGCUGGACCUGCCUGGAGCACGUCUUUAGGGUGAGACUGUGGACACUGUACCCAGAGGGAGGCUGGGGUCCAGGGGAUCUUUGUCCCAUAUGUCCCAGACUUUGAAGGACAGAGCUGGACACCCAUCACAUCCUGAACAUCGCCUGCACUUUUCAGUUCACUGCGUUUUCUAUUUUGUCCUGGUCCACACAAUAAGAAUGUACUCUAGUUAUAAAUGUGUAAUUUAAAUGAUGGUUAAUGACGAGUGAAAUGAAUGAUGCCUUUUCAUCGAUGCUCACACAUGUCUGUUUUUAGAUUUUCAUUUUUUAAAUAUUGUUGAGCGAUUUUAAAUGUCAGUGGGAUUUUUAAUUUAAGAAGUGCCUCCAGUGUGUUUGUUCCUGCGUUGGGACACCAGCGGGUCCAUGGAGGUUUGAGGAGCUGUCCCAGAGGAGAGCCAGCUGACCUGAGCACAGUCCUGCCGUAUUACUCCACACCUCAUCACUGCUCCAGCCCCGUGUCCACUGCUGCCCAGGGAAAAAGGACAAAUGCUAUCAAACUGUCUCCCCAGAAUCUAUUGCUAGCUCGGAGGCAAUGUCCAUGAUAAGUGGAAGUGAAAGGUCCCAUGUUAUGAGCUAUUCUGGCUUUAAGAACUAUUUUUUACUGUUCGAAAUAAUGUUUAGAAAAUAAGAAUAUAACAUUAAAGCAGACCUUUUCUGCAAAAUCAGCUUUUCAGAGCUUUUAACCAUGUUAUAGUUGUUUCCUUCUCGUUUACCCAUUGUAUUUGUAAUAAUUCGUGCACAUUUGAGCAACCUUCAAUCACUUAUUUUCAAGAUGCCAUAUUGCCAAUUGUCAAUCCUCGUUUUCACCGCCUUGGAUACAUGCCCGCUGCUAUUUACUUACUUCUUCUCCAAUUAAAUAUUUUUAAAAUCGGUGACACAUGUAGGAUUUGGCAGCAUUUCAUUGUCAUUUUUGCACAAAUGUAAAAGAAUCCACUGCUCUCUAGCGUGAUGUGCAGCGCACAUAGGAGGGGCCCACAGCAUGUGGCGCUUUGCUGUCAUGACAUUUACGGCCAUGUCAGCUCCACUGGACACCACAGUUAAAUGCAGAAGUCAGUGAACUUGUUUCUUUUAUAAAGUUGUUUUAGAUCCAUAUUAUGCUUUAAAAUGUCCAAAUUAUAACAUAAUGAUAAACGCUCUAGCAGACACAAGCACAAUGUCAUCUUUAAGCAUGAUAUUGUAACAUCAGAGGUGGAGGGUAGCUAAAAUUUGUACUCAAGUAAGAGUACUGUUACCUACUGAGGGGCAAAGUGAUCGAAGAAAUGAAUCGGGUAAAAAAAUAACUGUAAGCAUAACUGUCUUUAUGUAAUAUCUAUUUAAAUGUCACUUUUUUGGCUAAAAAUAUACUAAAAUAUAAGUUGUUUUUUUUCUUUCAUAA